ACUGAAAGUCAGUGCGCGAAGUGCACAAGUGCGCGGUAGUAGACACAGCCUAUUAUUAGAUAGGAUUAGAUUAGGAUUUCUUUAUUAGACAUUCUCUGAUGUCGUCGGUUUAGGUUUAGUGAGACCUUUAUUUUGAUACAUUAGUUGGCGCCCACUUUACGGUACUGUCGCCAACACUACCCCACCACAGUGCUAAGGAAGUUUGCACAAAACAUGAUGGCAACCAACUGCUGAGUGAUCAAAUAAUUGUUUGGAAGUUUUCUUUGAAGAACUAGCCUGCAGGAAAAAAAGUAAGAAGUCCAAGUAGGGGGCUUUGCUGAAUUCAGAGAAGGCUUCAGCAGCAGUGACUCAAAAGAUGAGAAGAUCCAGUAGAGUAGGUGAUGAGUCCACGGUUCGGCAGAACGGUGUAGCUGGGCGAAGCAGAGCCGAGCGGGGGGAUGCACCUGAUGACGAAGAGGCAGGCGGCAGCCCGGUUGACAUACAAGAUGAUGAGGACAACGACCCAGCUAGAAGAAGGGAGAUCCGGAGCAAGUACAGGGAUCUCAUCAACUCGGUUCAGCAGAACAGAGAAGACAUGCUUAGCCCUACCAACAAUAAACUCACAGACGUUUUGGAGGAGGCCAACAAACUGUUUGCAGAAGUACGACAAGCCCGAGAGGCAGCUUUAGAUGCCCAACUCCUGGUCCUUGCUACAGACCUAGGCAAAGAGAAGGCCAGCCAGCUCCAUGCAGAGGGCUCAGCCUUUGACCCAUCAGCCUUCGCCGAGCACCUGCUGUCCUUCAUGGGCCUUAACCGGUUGGAAGAUGAGGAGAAUGUGGAAGAAGAAUCGGCGACGACAAAUGGCUACCUGCCCCCGGACGCCUGGCAGAGGGUGGCCAAGAGAGUGGAGUGUUGCUUCAGGACUGCCCCAUCAUUCCACUACAUGAUGGGCUCUUUCCUAGCUGUCCCCCCACCUCCAAGGCAGCGCACUGAGCGCCAGAGGAAGGCGCCCUCAAAGGAGGCCAAGCGUAUCAUGCCCACUCAGUUGAAGAAAAUGGAGGAAUCCCAUCAGGAAGCCACAGAGAAAGAGGUAGAGAGGAUCCUGAGCUAUCUGAGAAGCUACUUUGCAGAUGACCCCACAUCUCCUAUCUCCUAUUAUGAAUUUGUGAUUGAUCCCACCUCUUUCUCACGGACGGUGGAGAACAUGUUCCACACAUCAUUCCUGAUCAGGGAUGGUUUGGCCAGGAUGUAUUUGGAUAGUGACAAGCUGCCUUGUAUAGCCCCUGUGGAGGAAGGAGAGGUGGAGGCUGGUGGGGUGUCCAGUCGUCAGCAGUGUGUCAUUUCCAUCAGCCCCAAAAGCUGGAAGGAGCUCAUUGAUGCAUUCGACAUAACAGAGCCGUUGAUCCAAGCCUCAAACACACAACCGGAGUGAUGCAGGAUCAAGUCCUUUUAAAUAUAUUACAUGUUUUAUAAACUUCCAAGGAUGAUGUAAAUAUAGUUUUAGAAUUUUCCAGUUCGUAAGUGCUUUUGAUUUAAUAAAAAAGAAAAG